CCAAUCACAGCAGACAUCCUCUCCUCAGGCUGUGGCAACGAAACAUCUCAGUUGCUGUGUGGAGAGAUUUGACGGAGGGACGCUGCUGUACAUGGACCAUCACUGCGCCUGCAAUCCGCCGCCUGUUCACACACACGCAUGUAAUGCCUCGCUGAAAUCGGGACGUACACGUUGGAGACGACACGCGUGUCAAUAUUCCAUCUUUGCAUGUAUGGAGAGGAGGAACUAGUCGCCGGGUCCGCGGCUGUUUGUCUUUUUUUUUUUUUUUUUUUUUUUUAAGAUCGUCCCCCCCUCCCCACAUAUCACUCUAAUUAGUCGGAGGCAUGUGGAAUCUCACCAGGAUUAGGAAUUGCUUCCCAAUAGUGUGCCUGCUGUUGACGUUAUGGACGGAGGUGUCCCAGUCAACCGGCUAUUUCGAGCUGCAGCUGAUCUCCGUGGAGAAUGUAAACGGCGAGUUGGCGGACGGGGAGUGCUGCGACGGUCCCCGGAGCUCCCAGGACCUGAGCUGCACUCAAGACGAGUGCGACACUUACUUCAAAGUGUGCCUGAAGGAAUAUCAGAUGGAGGUGGCCACCACUGGCUUCUGCACGUUCGGAGCUGAAUCUACGCAAGUUGUCGGUGGAAAUACGUUUUCUCUUAAGGGCGCCAACAAUAACCCGAAUAAAGUCGACGAUGCUGGCAGGAUUGUGAUCCCCUUCCAGUUUGCUUGGCCGCGGACAUACACGUUGAUUGUAGAGGCCUGGGACUGGGACAACAAGACACGAGAAACUGAGGAGGACCUGCUGAUUGAGCGCAGCGCCCGCACUGGCAUGAUCAACCCUGGUGACCCCUGGCAGACAAUCAUGCACGAUGGGCCCGUGGCUCGCAUCACUUAUCGUAUCCGGGUAAAGUGUGACGAAAACUACUACACCAGCACGUGCAACAUACAGUGUUCUCCUCGUGACGACUACUUUGGCCACUACCGCUGUGGACCUUUAGGCACCCGUGUGUGCCUGGAUGGUUGGAUGGGCCACGACUGCACAACAGCGAUCUGCAAGCAAGGUUGCAACCUGUUACAUGGCUCAUGCAGUGUCCCAGGCGAAUGCAAGUGCCGAUAUGGCUGGAAGGGCCAGUUUUGUGAUGAAUGUGAGCUUCAUCCUGGUUGUGUCCACGGGACUUGCAACGCCCCCUGGCAGUGCAACUGCCAACAGAACUGGGGUGGUCUGAUGUGCGAAAAAGAUCUGAAUUACUGCGGUCGCCAUCAGCCUUGUGUUAACGGAGGAACUUGUAUGAACACCCAGCCAGAUGAGUACCACUGUGCCUGUCCAGAGGGCUUCUCUGGAAAGAACUGUGAGAUAGCUGAGCACGCCUGUGUUUCCAGUCCUUGUGCAAAUGGUGGUACAUGCCGCGAGGUUCCAGCAGGGUUUGAAUGCCAGUGUCCUCCAGGCUGGGAUAAUCCAACCUGUGCCAAUUUGGAUGACUGUGCUUCCAGUCCAUGUUCUCAUGGUGGAACUUGCAUUAACCUGAAGGAUGGAUUCGAGUGCGUGUGCCUCCCUCAGUGGGAAGGAAAGACCUGCCAGAUAGAUGCGAAUGAGUGUGCAAGACAGCCCUGUGUGAACGCUUACUCUUGCAAAAAUUUGAUUGGCGGAUAUCACUGCAGCUGUUUUCGGGGAUGGUCCGGACAAAACUGUGGCAUCAAUACCAGUGCCUGCCACGGUCAGUGCAAGAAUGGAGCAACUUGCCGCGCUGUGUUGAACAGCUUUGUGUGCGAAUGCCCACCGCAGUUCACUGGACAGCUGUGUGAGAUCCCAAGCUCGUCAUCUUCUGAUGCCUGUGAUCCAAACCCUUGUGAGAAUGAGGCCAAGUGUCAUAGCAUGGAACAGGACUUCUACUGUGCGUGUCCUGAAGGCUACGAAGGAAAGAUGUGUGAAAGGCUCAAAGAGGAUUGCCAAACCACUCCAUGUCAAGCUAUUGACAGCUGCAGCAUUGCUGUUGCAACCAAUGACUCGGAUGGCAUACAGAACAUACCCUCCAAUGUCUGUGGCGCACGAGGACGCUGCAUCAGCCAGCCAGCCGGGAACUUCACCUGCGUCUGUGAUCCGGGUUUCAGUGGCAUCUACUGUCACGAGAAUAUUAACGACUGCAUAGGCAACCCAUGCAGAAAUGGGGGAACCUGCGUUGACAGAGUGAACUCAUUUCAGUGCGUUUGUCCUGAUGGAUGGGAGGGCCAGCUCUGUGACCACAAUGUCAACGAGUGCAGACACAAUCCUUGUAAGAAUGGUGGACAGUGCAUCGACCUGGUAAACGACUUCUACUGCAACUGCACCGAUAACUGGAAGGGCAAGACCUGCCAUUCCCGUGAGCGCCAGUGUGAUGAAACCACCUGCAGUAAUGGAGGAACCUGCAAUGACCACGGGGAUACCUUCCGCUGUGCAUGCCCACCUGGUUGGGGAGGAAAGAUGUGCAACACAGCUAAGAACAGCACAUGCGCCUCCAGUCCUUGCUCUAACGGAGGGACUUGUGUGGGAGGAGGCGAUACCUUCACCUGCAUCUGUAAAGAGGGCUGGGAAGGCCCCACCUGUGGACAAAAUACAAACGACUGCGACCCUCAUCCAUGUUACAAUGGUGGGAUCUGCGUGGACGGAGUCAACUGGUUCCGGUGCGAGUGCGCCCCCGGUUUCGCCGGACCUGACUGCAGAAUCAACAUAAACGAGUGCCAGUCUUCACCCUGUGCCUAUGGAGCCACCUGUGUGGAUGAGAUCAAUAGUUUCCGAUGCAUCUGUCCACGUGGAAGAAGAGGAGCCAGAUGCCAAGAGUUCAUAGGCGUUGGGAAAACUUGCCACUAUACUGGGCUGCAGUUUCCACAUGGCAGCCACUGGGAGGAGGAGUGCAACAGUUGCCAUUGCCUCGAUGGCAAGGUGGAUUGUACAAAGGUGCUGUGUGGUCGCCGUCCGUGCCGGCUCGAGUCAUCGGGCCGUGACAAGUCCUGUCCGGCUGGACAAGAAUGUCUGGAGCAUAGCUACUUCACCUGCUUCUCCCCCCCUUGUCAUCAGUGGGGGGUUUGUUCAAUGGUUGGACCUCCACCUCCACAUGUAACCACCAAGUGCCAGCCAAACAGCGGCCAUUUGGACAACAGCUGCGGCCGCAUAACACUCGUUUUCAACAGAGACAAAGUACCGCCGGGAACAACAGUGGAGAAUAUCUGUUUUGAGCUGAGGUAUCUUCCUGAUACUAGACACUUGGCAAGAGACCACGCUCUUCUCCUUCUCUGUGAUCUCUCUCAUUCAAAUCAGGAUGCUGUAGAGGUGGCUAUAUCUUUCCAUCCAGAGGAUUUACCUGACCACAGUCUGAUCCAGGAGACAGCCAGUGCCAUUGUGGGCACCUUGUCUAAGCGGCACAAUAGCACCAUAAUGCUGGCAGUCAUUGAGGUCAAAGUGGAAACCCAGGUCAUGCGUCCAUCAGUGGAUUACCUGGUGCCUCUACUAUGUGUCGCCUUUUGUUUGCUCUGCCUCUUCUGCAUCAUUGUAUGUGUUUGGUGGACACGCAAACGGAGAAAAGAGCGCGAGAGGACCUCCCGAUCAGCCGCCGACGACAGCGUCAACAACCAGUGGGAGCCACUGCGGAUCGUUGUGCGACGUCAGCAGGAGCAGCAGCAGCUGAAAGAAAGCAACAGGGAGGCUGAGCAGGAGCGCAAAAAGCUCAUGGGCCCCUCCUGUCGGACGUAUGAUGAGGAGGAGGAGGAGACGGAAGGCGAGCUUGAGCUCGAGGAGGAGUGCAGUGGAGCAGAGGCGGGAAAGCAGCUAGUUUAUAAGUACUCUAAAACUGCAGUGCGGCCCAGUGGAGGAGUGAUCUGCACCAUGCACAGCUCCAGUUCACCUCUCAAAGCCCCCCACCGGACCCCAGGCUACAGUCCCAAAGACAACCGCUGGAAAAAUGUCAGUGCGGUCCUGACUGGUCAGAAAGACCUCAGAGACUAUUGUGUAUGAGAUAUAUAUAAACAAAUGAGUUGCAGUGUGGAAGCAAGAGAAGCUGCAAGGCAGUGAAUAUUUUUAGUUUGGACUAUUUUUGGAAAGAAAGGAAAAAAUGCUUUUUGUUUAUAUAAGCCAUUGUUUGCUUCAUUUUCAUGUUUUCGUCACUGUCACCUGAAGUGAUUUUUGAUUCAGGAGGGCUAGAGCACAGUGAACAUCCUUUUUUCAUUCUGUUACCUUAUUUUCCUUUACAUGUACACAGGAGCUGAGAUGUAAUGAUAUUUCAGGAGGCAAAAGAAGCUUCUUGCAAUUUAUGUUUAUGGACUUGUUGGUAAAUGGUGAGUCACUGAUAUGGAUUGAGGGGG